AUGGCUGAUCCCGCGGGGACAACAACCCACUCUCCCCACUCUCGGCCGUCUGCGCCACGGGUCCGGCUAAUGUGCGAAGCUUGUCGCCAGCGCAAAGUGAAAUGCGAUAAACUAAGCCCUUGCACAAGCUGUCAAAAGCUUGGCUUCCUGUGCGUGCCGGUGGAACGUGCUCGUCUCCCGCGGGGCCGCACGCGGAAGGCCGCUGAACGGCCCGUGGGCUCCGAUAAAGAACUAUCUGACCGGGUAGCGAGACUCGAGAAACUCUUGAAGCAAGUUGUCAACAAGCGGCAGGUUGAAUCGCAGUCUUCCUUGGUGGUCCCUGAGUCCUCAUGGCCAUCCGUAGAGGAGGGUGCAGCGACAGAGGCCAGGAAGGCUGGUUUUGAUACCAGGCAAGAUGGGAACGAGGUGAUGCGCAGCGGCCCACCUAGUGCAGGACACUCACAUAUUCCUGGCCCUUCAACUGCGUACAUGGGGAACUCUUUUUGGGAGGACAUCAUGCAACAGACACAUGAAUUGCGCAAUGUCCUGGAAGAUCGUUUAGCAAAUGACGAUAUAGAUACCAGAGAUCCAGAACCUGGGUUUGGAACAUCGCUAGUGAGCUCAGAAAGUCCAGAGAGCCAGUCAACCUCGUCUCCAUCCAAUAGAGCGUGUAAUCUUUCGCCCAAUAUUCGGCACAGAUUGUGUGAUAUCUUCCUCCACAACGUCGAUCCCCUGUUCAAGGUCUUACAUCGGCCCUCAUUGCAAGCGUUCUUGAAGGAUGAGACACCCUAUCUUGACUAUGAACAGGAUCACAAUGCGCCGGCUACUCUUGCUUCAGCUGUCUAUCUUUGCGCAGUGUGUACUCUCGACGAAGCGGAAUGUCAGUUGAUGUUCAAUACAGAUAAAAUGACAGCUGUCGCGGAAUUCCAGAAAGAGACCGAAGCUGCCCUUGUAAGGGCGGAUUUUGUGACGACAAACGAUCUCACUGUUUUGCAGGCCUAUAUCAUCUCUCUGGUGAGCUGUCCUCUACGAUCGAAGGUCGAGUUGAAAGCUAACUUCUCCAAGCUCGCUGCACGAUCUCAAGACCAAAGUCGAAGAGUUUGGACUAUGUUAAGCAUGGCACUACGAGUAGGCCAAGCAUUAUCACUCCACAUCCCAGAGCCACCAUUUACCGUCCGCCCAUUUGAGAAGGAAAUGCGCAGAAGAACAUGGCUAGGAAUCGGGGUUCUAGAUAUAGCAGUCUCCCUCGACAGGGCAUCGGAUCCAAUGAUGCAAGCCGCCUGGCUCGACUCCAACCAGCCAUCGAACAUCAAUGACGAGGAAAUCUGGUUCGACAUGGACGGCCCGAUCCCGGAGCACACAGACGGCACAUUCACAGACAUGACACACACCCUUGUCAUCGCAGCGUCCGCGUCCGUGGCACGCUCCCUCGCUUUCUCAGACCUCAUUGAACCCCCCCUUAACUAUCAUCACUCUGCGGCAGCAAGUCGUCUACGACUUCCAACAAAAGGCUUCACACCUGCUGAGCGGCUGCAGACCCGAUCAGUCAGAUUUCCAGUGCGCAGUAGGAACUUCACUCCACCGAGAGUCGGCGAUAAUGCCCUCCUCAAGAUCGCCGCUGAUAACCUGCAGUGGUCUCAGGAUGUCUAUACCUAUCCCGGCGCCGCGGCGUGGCGGUGGUAUGGCUCGAUGUGGGUUCCAUGGCAUGCGCUGGCUGUGGCCCUUGCCGAACUUUGCGUCUGUAAAGACCCCGCUGUCAUGGUGAGGUAUUGGUCGGUUGUUGCGGAUGUUUUCGAGCGCUCGCGGCUUGUCAUCGCUGAUUCUCAGCAUGGGAUGCUCUGGAAACCGAUGGAGAGGCUUAUGGCGCAAGCUAAGGCGAGGAGAAAUGAACUCCUCGAUCUUGAUGCUUCUCGCCAUCAAGUUUCGCAGGGUUCUUUUGAUGUUUUCUCCAAUCUCCCGGAACACCCGCAGCCGCUUAUGGACUUCUCGUUAAAUUUGGGAGACAAUGCUGCUCAGCCACCGAAUAUGCACGUCGCACCAGUGCCGAGUUCCUUUACGCCGGUACCUUGGGCGAACGUGUGGGAUGCGAUGGAUCUCAAUGAAGCGACCUUGCAAAGUGGCUCAGAUGACACAGCCUGGCUGAACUACGAGAAUUUUCUUGAAAAUGUUUACGAUAGCGUUGAUUCCAUAUUCUUGCCACGGUGA